AGCAAGUCCAUUUUAGUUCGAGCCCGAGUUAACUCGAACUAAUGGGAAGCGUCCAAUUGGUGGAAUGGCCCGAGGCCAUCGUCCGCGUUCAAGCCCUGUCGGACAGCGGCCUCGCCGCCAUCCCCGCCGGCUACAUCAGGCCGCAAGCCGAGCUGCCCUCGCUCUCGACCGGCGUCGACGCCGCCGACGCCAGUAUCCCAGUGGUCGACCUGGAAACCGGCGGCGAGGCCGUAGCCGCGGUGGCGGAGGCGUGCCGCGCGUGGGGGUUCUUCCAGGUGGUCAACCACGGCGUGGACCCAAGCCUAGUGGAGAGGGCCGUCGAGGUGUGGCGGGAGUUCUUCCGCCUGCCGAUGGAGGCAAAGCAGGCCUAUGCUAACUCUCCGGCGACGUACGAGGGCUACGGCAGCCGCCUCGGAGUCGACAAGGGAGCCAUAUUGGAUUGGGGCGACUACUUCUUUUUGCAAUUGUUGCCGGAGAAGUUCAAGAACCAGGAGAAGUGGCCGGGCCUGCCAACUCAUUACGAGCAAUCAAAGGCAACUGUGCAAGAGUACGGGGACGAGUUGGUGAAGCUCUGCCAGAGGCUAAUGAAGCUCCUGUCGCUGAGCCUGGGCUUGGACGUGAACCGGCUGCCGGCGGCCUUCGGCGGUGACGAUGCCGGCGCAACCCUGAGGGCCAACUACUACCCUAAGUGCCCGCAGCCGGAGCUGGCGCUCGGCCUGUCGGCACACUCCGACCCCGGAGGGAUCACCGUUCUCCUCGCCGACGACGCCGUCAAGGGCCUUCAAAUUAGGAAGGACGAUCGGUGGGUGACGGUGCAGCCGCUGCCCGGCGCAUUCACCGUCAACAUCGGCGAUCAGAUUCAGAUAUUGACGAAUGCAGUAUACAAGAGCUUGGAGCAUCGGGUGGUGGUGAACGCAGAGAAAGAGCGCUUGUCGUUGGCUUUGUUCUACAACCCCAAGAGCGACGAGGUGAUAGAGCCGAUGGAGGAGCUGGUGACGGCGGAGAGGCCGGCGAUGUACUCGCCGAUGACCUUCGACGAGUACCGUCUGUUCGUGAGGAGCGAAGGGCCGAAGGGCAAGUCCCAAGUCCAGUCACUCCAGAAAAAACCACACGUACUACGCAACCAUGCAUUCGUGCAUGAUCAACUACAGACUUCCGGUCGGUGGGGGCCUGGGGGCGAGGGUUUAGCCUUUGCUGCAAUGAUCAACUACAGACUACACUGAAUCGAAAGUGAUAUAUGUUCAAUUCUAACUAAUUAAGAAGACAAUAAAAGAGUACGUAUUGUGGCUUUAUUAAUUAAGAAGACAAUAAAAGUAGUACGUAU